AUGUGGGUAAGAUCCUCACAGGCCAUCGUCUGGAUUGAGGAAAGCCACAGUGAGUCCAGAGCUGCGUCCUGCCCACCCAGGAAGUAUGCUGUCAAGUCCUGUGUUCUGCUGGUCACAGGCUGCAGUGGCAGUGACGAGGACUUCCAGGACCUUCUUCAUUUUGGCAGAGAUCGAGCGAACAGUACACAGUCUAGGCUAUCCAAACGGAACUCUACAGACAGCCGCCCUGUAAGUGUUACGUAUCGGUUUGGUUCAGUGGGCCAGGAUACACAGCUGUGUUUAUGGGACCUUACGGAAGACAUCCUUUUUCCUCACCAGCCCCUCUCAAGAGCAAGGACACAUACAAACGUUAUGAAUGCCACAAGUCCGCCUGCGGGAAGCAAUGGGAACAGUGUGACUACACCUGGGAACUCCGUGCCCCCUCCAUUGCCACGGUCCAAUAGCCUUCCACACUCAGCAGUUUCCAAUGCUGGUAGCAAAAGCAGCGUCAUGGACGGAGCCAUUGCCUCUGGGGUCAGCAAGUUUGCAACUCUGUCGCUACAUGACCGGAAGGAGAGACACCACGAGAAAGACCAUAAACGAAAUCAUAGUAUGGGACACAUUUCCAGCAAGAGCAGUGAUAAACUGAACCUAGUUACUAAAGCUAAAACGGACCCAGCUAAAACUCUGGGGACAUCCCUGUGUCCUCGGAUGGAAGAUGUCCCCUUGUUAGAGCCACUGAUCUGUAAAAAGAUAGCUCAUGAGAGACUGACCGUAUUGGUUUUUCUUGAAGACUGUAUAGUCACUGCUUGUCAGGAGGGAUUUAUUUGCACAUGGGCAAGGCCUGGUAAAGUGCCGGCAGAGCAGUUCUGCAGGCAGGAGGACAGAGUGCAAGGUGUUCUCCAAGACCAGAACUAAAGGUGCGGCAGCUCCAGAAGAGAGUGCUGGUGCUGGAGGGCGGGGCUCCCUUCCUCCUGUGCCCUGCAGACAGGUGGUGGGUGUCAUGGGGUUGCAGCGAUUGUCAUGGUGGUUCCUGGUCUCCAGAGAAUGAGAAGUAGGGCCACUGUGCUUCUCCAGUAGCCACCCAGAGACAGCAUCCUCAUCCCAACUCCCCCGAGCAUUUUCCUGAGCAAGAGUGUCUUUGGUAACUAGCUCCUGGAUGAAAACAGCUCCUGGCAAGAGGUUCUUACAGGCAGAGGUCCAGUCUGCAUGCUGCAGCCCAGAGUCCUGCGGGCUCAGUCAGGGCCACUGGACAGGUGGAACCUCCUGUCUGUCCUGCUUGCCCACCACAGGCAACCUUUCUGGUGAUUCCAGAAAGCAGCUUUCCAGUGGUUACGGUGAGUCGGCCCCCAGCUUCCCCCGUUUUCCUUCUCUGUGCGUGUGGUGCCAGGGAUUAUGCCAAAGGACUCAACCCCUGCCAAACAUGGCCGCACUUUUGAGCCACAUCCCAGCCCCCGGAGAGGCUCAGAAGUUGUACCUUUUAAAAGCAAAUGCUCCAGAGAGAUUGGGUGACACCUGCAGCUAGGAGUUUCCACCUCCAAAUGAGCCUACACAGGGUAAAGGCAUGAAGUCUGUCCUGAUGGUUGCGUUUAGAAGUGCUCUGAGAGCCUCUGAGGUCGGAUGCAGGGUGAGUGCUUUUAGACAAGCCGGAGUCGGAGAGAAGAGCAGCCACUGUCUCAAAGGCACUCUUAAAUUAGGUGGGACAAGGGCUACAGAACUGCGGUUCCUGGGGAUGUGUGCACACAGCUCACCCCAGGUAGUGGCCAGUAGUUAAUUCUAGUGUUUGUCUUCAACACCCAGGGCACAGCCAUUCCUCCCCAUCCUGUGAUGCUUUCUGAAUAUUCAAAAAAUUCUAACAUUACUGAAUUUGUGCUAAAAUUAGCGAGCCUGCCUUAGCACAUGUGUGCACCUGUGUGCAAGGUCCUCUCAUCUCUUGCUGGAGGGAGAUGUUUCCUUUGAGCAAACUCAGAAGUGUGAGGAGUAACAAGACACAAGACAUUGAGGACCAGGAAGGAUCCUGUGGAAACAGAAUACCACCUGAGGGAAAACUAGGGGUAGAGCUUAGUGGUGGCUUUUCCAGUGGCUGAUCUUGGAGUGCAGGCUAUGCUAUGGGCAGUUAGGCUGAAGGCUAAAUGGUCCCUUAUGCGUCUUGGCUCAGGGCCAGUUGUACCACUGAGGCAUGUGUGUCCACUGUUGAUGUCCCCUCCCUUAUCCGUGGAACCUCCAUGCACUUCUCUGGGUAGGCCUUGAUACUGACUUGAAGGCAUGGCCUCUGGCUUGGGUUUGGUUUCUAAGGCUGAACUGGUCUCUAUCCUGGAAAUGCAUUGGGGAGCCACCACACCCACCAUGCCCUGUUUAUGUCAGAACAUGCUGCUUGCCUUGGGCUGACUGGACCACCACAAGCUGGCUUAGGUUAACAAGGUGCUCAUCAAAGUGCUCUGUGGUGGCUGUCCCAGGGAGAGGAGAGCAGUCAGUGUGGCCCUGGUAAAGCCUGUGGCUCUGUGGAAAAAGCACUUGAGUUCAGCUGUCACCUUGACACUCAGAUCCCAGAUUCAACUGUAAGAGUGCUCUCUCCUCACGGAGCAACUGUCCCAUGAUGCUGAGGUUUUCACUCAUGCUGCAAUUAUUACAUUAUCCUUGUGUCAUGGUUCAGUUCCUGGCUCUUGAGGUAAAAGUAUGAACAUUCUACAUUUUAACUUGUGUACUUAGGUUUUAAAGAUUGUUAUUAGGUGACGUUGUGUAAGUUGUACGGGUAUAUUUCUCUUCAGUGAAAGUCAAGGUAAACAUGUAUUCCUUUCUCACGUUUCCAUCUGAUCUCUUCACAACUUGAAUACAUUUCAUGAAGAGCCCUGCUGCUAUGAACUACCAGGAAACCAAGCUCCUAAUGUCGCAAUAACUAACGAAGCUUGAAUAUCAGUAUUGUUAUUCAUUUUCUGAGAACCAUGUUUGUGUUUGAUUGCUUUGUCUUUUAGCUGUUCCCUUGUCCCUGUCACAACAAAAGACCACGUCUUUGACUUCUGAAGUACUGGAGGCUGUCCUCUGUAUAUUGACAUUGAAUAAACGUGUGAAUGCAUUGUAAA